AGUUCAUAUACUAUCGCGAUCACUACUUUCGGCAUACUUUACUUGCAUCAGUCAGGCUAAUGACAUCAGACGUAAAUAACGGAAAUCCAGUGGACUUAAAACAGAAACAAAAAGAAACGAAGACCACAGAGCAAACUCCCAGAAUGCCAAACAUCAAAGUAUUUACUGGAAGUUCGCAUCCAGAUUUAGCGAAGAGAAUCGUCUCGCGACUUGGUUUAGAUUUAAGCAGAGCUACCACUAAAAAGUUCAGUAACAAGGAAACGAAUGUUGAAAUUGGUGAAUCCGUCCGGGGCGAAGAUGUGUACAUCGUGCAAAGUGGUUGCGGUGAAAUUAAUGAUAACCUUAUGGAACUCCUGAUCAUGAUAAACGCUUGUAAAAUCGCAUCGGCUUCCCGAGUAACAGCAGUUAUUCCAUGUUUCCCAUACUCAAGGCAAGACAAGAAAGAAAAAAGUCGUGCUCCGAUCACAGCUAAACUUCUUGCUAAUCUUAUAUCAGUUGCUGGAGCUGAUCAUGUUAUUACAAUAGACUUACACGCAUUUCAAAUUCAAGGUUUCUUUAACAUUCCUGUUGACAACUUAUACGCAGAGCCAGCUAUCACCAAGUGGAUCAAAGAUAAUAUUCCAGAAUGGAAAAGCAGCGUUAUGAUUUCACCUGAUGCUGGUGGUGUAAAGCGUAUGACAUCUAUAGCAGAUAGACUUGAUAUCGACUUUGCUAUCAUUCAUAAAGAAAGACAAAGAGCGAACGACGUAGAUUCAACUGUUUUGGUGGGUGACGUAAGAAAUAGAACGGCUAUUAUGGUUGAUGAUAUGGCUGAUACUUGUGAUACCAUAGUCAAAGGAGCUGAAAAGUUACGCGAAGCUGGUGCGAGUAAAAUUUAUGCUAUAUUGACCCACGGUGUUCUUGCUGGUAACGCUAUUGACAAAAUAAACAAUUCAUGCUUGGAAGCUUUGGUGGUAACAAAUACGAUACCUCAAGAUAAAAAUAUGAAACUGUGCCCUAAAUUACAGACGAUGGACAUAUCAGUGAUGCUGGCAGAGGCUAUACGAAGAACCCAUUACGCGGAGUCGGUUUCAUAUCUUUUUACAAACGUCCCCUAUUAAUUGUAAAUAAAAAUAACUAACUGCUCGUAACUAUAAUUAGAAGCUUCAUUAUUUAUAUAAGCUUCUAACUUUUUGACAUGCUAAAUACAUUUUGUAUGAUUCAAACAUAUUUUUAAUGAACAAAUACAUUUUGUUAUAAAUUAAA